CUCAGAAUCAUUCAGCGCCUCCUAGAGGAAGACGAGCGAAUAACACAUGCGACACCCGCAGACGCAGUACGGUAGAUGUUUACGACAAUAAGAGCACAUGUACGGCUGUAUCACAGUGGAGUGUUGUGUGAGUUUUGUUUUGAUUUGAUUUGUUCAAAUUAUACUGUGCGGAUAAGAUAGAAUAUCCGAAGAUCUCAGACAACACCAUAAUGAAUGAGGAGAAAACAGGGAACAUUUGGAGACAAAAAGGCUUUUCAGAAGCUCAGUUAAACAUGGUGGUCCUGUUGUUUCUCUCAGACUUUGGACAAGAAUUCCACAAACCUUGUGUUAAAUGCAACUAAUAUGUAGCCACAUCAAAAUUCUCUAUAUUUCAACAAACAUGUUCAAGUAAUCAAAAUAUGUGGUCCUGUGGGCAUCAGUAUCGCAGAGUGAUCACAACAAUUCACCAGUAAAUACUGGGAUUAUUCACAUCAUCCUACAAGAGAAGGACAAACUCCAGGUGUAGCAGCUGAAAUCUGUGUGACUGUUAAAGAUGGACUUUAUUAAAGAGGAGAUUGAAGACAUUAAUAUUUCAGAACCAUCCAGAAUAAAACAUGAAGAUACUGAGGAACAAAUAGACCAGAUGGAGGUGAUGGAGCAAAAACACAAACUGAAUGAAGUUAAAGAGGAGAAACAUGACUUCAAAACUCAAGGAACAAAAGCCAAAAAGCUGAACACCUGCUCACAAUGUGGAAAGAGUUUCCACAAAAAAACAAACCUUAAUAAACACACAAGAGUUCACACUGUAGAGAAACCAUAUACAUGCUCUCAGUGUGGAAAGAAAUUCCUAGAUAAAGGAAACCUUGACAGACACAUGAGAGUUCACACUGGAGAAAAACCGUUUACAUGCACUCAGUGUGGAAAGAGUUUUUCUCAAGCAACAGGUCUCAGUUAUCACCUGAAAGUUCAUUCAGGUGAGAGACCAUAUGUGUGUUCUCUCUGUGGAAAGAGUUUUUCCAGGCUGGAUCAUUUUAAACAGCACCAGAAAGCACACAAUAAAGUGAAAGAUCAUGUGUGUUUGGAGUGUGGGAAGAAAUUUACAACAUCUAGUCAUCUGAAACUGCACCAAAGAAUUCAUACUGGAGAAAAACCUUACAAGUGCUCAUAUUGUGACAAGAGUUUCACUGACUCAGGAUCCCUGAAAUCACAUGAACGAGUUCAUACUGGAGAGAAGCCGUACCACUGUACUCAGUGUGAGAAGAGUUUCAAAGAUACAGCAAGUUUAAGACAUCAUCUGCGCAUUCAUUCUGGAGAAAAACCAUUUAACUGUGAUCAGUGUGGUAUAAAGUUUAUUUUAUCAUCACAUCUAAAAAAACACCUGAAAGUUCAUUCAGACGAGAGGCCUUAUGUGUGUUCUGUCUGUGGGAAGGGUUUUUCAAGGCUGGAUAUAUGUAAACAGCACCAGAAAAUACAUAAUAAAGUGAAAGAUCAUGUGUGUUUGAAUUGUGGGAAGAGCUUUAAUAGAGCUGACUGUCUGAAACAGCACCAAAGAAUUCAUACUGGAGAAAAACCUUACAAGUGCUCAUAUUGUGACAAGAGUUUCGCUCGGUCUGGACAACUGAAAGUACAUGAGCGAGUUCAUAAUGGAGAGAAGCCAUAGAGAGAGUUUCUCCCAAUCAAAAACUCUAAUGAUUCAUAAAAAAUAAAAAAAACAUUGUCACACUGAACAAAUGUUCUCCUCAGAUCUAGUGCUUUCAAAUAAAUAAUGUGAAAUUCAGAAAAAAAAUGUAUAGAAAUGCCACAAGAUUUGUAGAGGUGUUUUGUUGAACAGAAUAUUUAUUCAGUCACUUUAAUUUAUGAAUUUGAUUCUUUGUUUGAACCCUCCUAUGUAAAAUUAAUUAAAUAAAUGUAACACAAACCUACAA